AGCAAGUUUUCUAGGCUUCCUCAGGUAUGCCCUCAGAGAACCACACGUAAGGUUUUGCAAUCCUAUUUAAUUCUAUCCCCAAUACCUCUUGCUUUAUAUUGUCUAUUCUGCUGUAAGUCAUAUAGGCAACACUCAGAGUAUUUUUUAAAAAUCAUCAUCAUGAAUGUGAUUAGAAGCAUUUCCUCAAUAGUCUCUAUAAAUAUAUCAAAUAAAAUAAAUAUUCCCUAAGAUAUAACUGAGGUGGCAGCUUGGCACUUUUUUUUCUUUUGUACCCUACAUCUUUCCUAAUGAAAAUGACCUGGUUUCCUUCUCCUUUUCCCUAUUUCAAUUUCCAAUUUUGGUCAGAUCUGAGGGUGCUGGGUUGCUCUAUCUUAAAGUCAGGUCUUAUUUUCUUAGUUUAAAUGAAUUAUGUUAAGUUUGUUCAGAGUUGGUAAAUAAUGCCUCUCUCCAUUUACACCCCUUUAAUAUUAGAACUUAAUAAAAAAAUUAACCAGGGUAUAAAACAUCUCAUUUUCCAGUAACAUUUCAGGAGGGAGGCAGAGAUGGGGAGAGAUAAAUAUUGGAGACAGUAUGUUUCUGAAUUACAUACAGAAGAAAAUGAAUUUAAAAGUCUUAGAAUACCAUUUUUAGUUCUUGAGACAAUUAUAAUUUACAAUUUAAACUCUUUGACACUAGUGGCAUUUUCUACCCUCGGUAAGGAAGUUAAAUGGCAAAGCAGUUAACUGUAAGUUUGGGAGUUUAAAGCAGUUAUUAUAUUAAUAGUUGAUCUAAGAUUAUGGGUAUUUUAUGAUUGAUAGUAGCUCUUGGAAUAAAUAAAAACUGAUCUAUUAUCUAAGUCCAUGAAUUUCUGCUCAGCACAGAUAGUAUAAGAGGGUUUCCAAUGGCUAGAACAAAACAGUGAAGGUUUUGUUGGGUUUUCUUCUUGACUUUCUGUCUGAUGUUGUGUUUGUAUGAGGAUGAUUUCAGGUUUGUGGCAUGUUUUGACAUCUUUACAUGGAAUAUUUCAAAUACAUGAAAUUGAAUGAGGUGAUGAGUCCACUGUAUUCAGGAAAGUAGAUUAGAGAGGUGCUCUUGGUUAAAUCCAUGAAAGAUGCUUCUGAGAGGCUCUUGAACUAGUGGUUACCACCUCUUUACCUGUAGUUCAAUUGCAUGAACACCAUUCAGGAAAAAUUUCCCUGUUGCCAUGAGCCAUGUUUGAGCAUAUUCAAAAUAAUAACACAUAUUUAUGAAUAUGUUGUUAAAAAAUUAAAGACAAUAAUAAAAUUACAGAGCCAUUAAAAAUAAAAGCAAUGUUUUAAAUUUGUAGUCUGACCUGUGUCACUAUAAAAGUGGUUUCUUAGCUGUGAUUGUUAUCUGGGAGCCUCUUGACAUGCUACUGUGAUUUUAUUCCAACCAGGGCAAAACGUGUCAUGGAGAGCCGUUGCUUGGAUAUAAUGAUUGGCACAUUAGAUUUACUGCUCAAAUGUGUCUGUGGCCUCAGUAAACAUUGUUAACUGACUGAAAAUGUAUUUCAUGCUUUAUGAGAUACAAAAGUGAGUGGUAAAAAUAAGAAAGUGCACGUUUCUGUCUUAAGAAAAGAAAGUAAUUAGUAAAUAGAGAUAUUAAUCAGAAUAAUGAAUGCUGUUGAAGAAAUAUGUUUAUGACUGUCUCUAUUCCCUAAUUUUCAGAAUGUUUAUUUUUCUAUAAGAUUCUACCAGAUAUGUUGGCAGUUGCGGAACUGAAAAGCUUUUUAGUUACUUCCAUUUACUGACUUUUUUUUUAGAGUAAAUAGGGGAAAAUCCCUUUUCCAUUAAAAUCUUUCAAGCCACAGUGAGAAUAAGGAUUGUUUGAAGCAACAGCAGCUUAGUCUUUGCUGAGGUGCUUUAAAAACGCUGUUAGAAUAAUGUACCUUCGAGAGGCAUCUGCUCUUGCUCCAAUAGGCUUGAUGUUUCUAUCUGUCUGUAGCUGUCAGAAAAAUGAAAGCCAAAUACUUAAAAAUUAAUAUCUCAGAACACAGAUAUCCCAGAAGUUCUCAGGUAAAUUGUAUGGCUUUAUCCACCAUACUAACAAUUUCAGGUUGUUUCACUUUUGCAUUAAUGGUAGGCUUUUCAGGUUUAUAUUUAAUGGGCUUGGGUAUUGAGUUAGGACUGCCCGGCCCACCUGCAGACAAGGCAGCCCCUUGCCUGCCUGAUAAUGCACGGGGACCGAGACCCAUACCCUCAUCAGGAGCAACCAGAGCCUCCAAGCCAAGGGGCCUGCAUUCUCCCAAGUCAGGAGCCUGAGCUUACUUUUGGCAACUUUGGAGCUUGUACUGUAGGGUUACUUCUCAGGCCAGAAAUUUGCAUCAAAGGACUAAGAAAAAUAUAUCCAAAAAUAAACAUGAAAGCCAAGACUUCAUGCCAGGAACUCCAGCCACACACAUCCUGUUGGCUGGUUCUCUUGUGUCUCUCCUCACAGUUCUGAUUCUUUUAAACCAAGCGGAAGCCUGCUUCGAUGACUUGGACUUAUGUCUGCACCAGGGUCUCAUUCCUGUGUCUUCAAGCUUUUCCAUGGAGUGGCAAAAUGAUUCAAAUCCAGAAAGGAAGGGAGUGAAGUUAUUAGGAGCUAACUAAAGUUAAAAAAAAAAAAAAAAAGGAAGUGUUUUCUUAUUGCCUUAGACUGCCUGAGCUUUCCUGGAGAACCAUCAGCACCGGUUUCCUUUCUGUGGACUGAGAUCCACUCAGUAGUAGACACGAACAGGGAAUGAACAGCAAUGAAGGCACAUUUUGCUGAUCAAAUAAAGGAUAGAUACUCACUGGAUGUCUGAGAACUUUGAGAGACCGAAAAAGAAGGACGUAUGCUCUACAAGAAAUAUCGACAGUAUAUGGCAGGACUUCUGGCUCCUCCUUAUGGUGUUAUGGAAACGGGCUCUAACAAUGACAGGAUUCCUGACAAGGAGAACACACCUCUCAUUGAACCUCACGUUCCUCUUCGUCCUGCUAACACCAUUACCAAGGUCCCUUCAGAGAAGAUCCUCAGAGCUGGAAAAAUUUUACGAAAUGCCAUUCUCUCUCGAGCACCUCACAUGAUAAGAGAUAGAAAAUACCACCUAAAGACAUACAGACAAUGCUGUGUGGGAACUGAGCUGGUGGACUGGAUGAUGCAGCAGACACCAUGUGUUCACUCCCGGACUCAAGCUGUUGGCAUGUGGCAAGUCCUGUUAGAAGAUGGUGUUCUCAACCACGUGGACCAGGAGCACCAUUUCCAAGACAAAUAUUUAUUCUAUCGAUUUCUGGAUGACGAGCACGAGGAUGCCCCCUUGCCUACUGAGGAGGAGAAGAAGGAGUGUGAUGAGGAACUCCAGGACACCAUGCUGCUGCUGUCACAGAUGGGCCCCGACGCCCACAUGAGGAUGAUCCUCCGCAAACCACCUGGCCAGAGGACUGUGGAUGACCUAGAGAUUAUCUAUGAGGAGCUUCUUCAUAUUAAAGCCUUAUCCCAUCUUUCUACCACAGUGAAACGAGAGUUAGCAGGUGUUCUCAUUUUUGAGUCUCACGCCAAAGGAGGGACUGUGUUGUUUAACCAGGGGGAAGAAGGUACCUCCUGGUACAUUAUUCUAAAAGGAUCAGUGAAUGUAGUCAUUUACGGCAAGGGUGUGGUCUGCACCCUGCAUGAAGGAGAUGACUUCGGCAAGUUAGCACUAGUGAAUGAUGCUCCACGAGCUGCCUCUAUCGUCUUACGAGAAGAUAACUGCCAUUUCUUAAGAGUAGACAAGGAGGAUUUCAACCGGAUCCUGAGGGACGUGGAGGCGAAUACAGUCAGACUUAAAGAACAUGACCAAGAUGUCUUGGUGCUGGAGAAGGUCCCAGCAGGGAACAGAGCUUCUAAUCAAGGAAACUCACAGCCUCAGCAAAAGUAUACUGUGAUGUCAGGAACACCUGAAAAAAUUUUAGAGCAUUUUCUAGAAACAAUACGCCUUGAGGCAACUUUAAAUGAAGCAACAGAUUCUGUUUUAAAUGACUUUAUUAUGAUGCACUGUGUUUUUAUGCCAAAUACCCAGCUUUGCCCAGCACUGGUGGCCCACUACCAUGCACAGCCUUCACAAGGUACAGAACAGGAGAAAAUGGAUUAUGCCCUCAACAAUAAGAGGCGAGUCAUCCGCCUGGUUCUACAGUGGGCUGCCAUGUAUGGAGACCUCCUGCAAGAGGAUGAUGUGUCUAUGGCCUUCCUGGAGGAGUUUUAUGUAUCUGUAUCAGAUGAUGCCCGGAUGAUUGCUGCCCUCAAGGAGCAACUGCCAGAGUUGGAGAAGAUUGUCAAGCAAAUCUCAGAAGAUGCAAAGGCACCACAAAAGAAGCACAAGGUUCUUUUGCAACAGUUCAAUACGGGUGAUGAGAGAGCCCAGAAGCGCCAGCCUAUCCGCGGCUCUGAUGAAGUUCUGUUUAAGGUCUAUUGCAUGGACCACACCUACACAACCAUUCGGGUGCCAGUGGCCACCUCGGUGAAGGAAGUCAUCAGUGCAGUUGCCGACAAGCUGGGCUCCGGGGAGGGCCUGAUCAUAGUCAAGAUGAGUUCCGGAGGAGAAAAGGUGGUGCUCAAACCUAAUGAUGUUUCAGUAUUUACGACGCUCACCAUUAAUGGACGCCUGUUUGCUUGCCCGCGAGAGCAAUUCGACUCACUGACUCCCUUACCAGAACAGGAAGGCCCAACUGUUGGAACAGUGGCAACUUUUGAACUGAUGAGCUCCAAAGAUUUAGCAUACCAGAUGACAAUUUAUGAUUGGGAACUCUUCAACUGCGUGCAUGAGCUGGAGCUAAUCUAUCACACAUUUGGAAGGCAUAAUUUUAAAAAGACCACAGCAAACUUGGAUUUGUUCCUGAGAAGAUUUAAUGAAAUUCAGUUUUGGGUCGUCACUGAGAUCUGCCUUUGUUCUCAGCUCAGCAAGCGUGUUCAGCUAUUAAAAAAAUUUAUUAAGAUAGCAGCCCACUGUAAGGAGUAUAAAAAUCUGAAUUCCUUUUUUGCCAUCGUCAUGGGACUAAGUAACGUUGCUGUGAGCCGCUUGGCACUAACGUGGGAGAAACUGCCAAGCAAGUUCAAGAAGUUCUAUGCGGAGUUUGAAAGUUUAAUGGACCCUUCAAGGAACCACAGGGCCUACAGGCUGACAGUAGCUAAGCUGGAACCUCCUCUCAUCCCCUUCAUGCCUUUGCUCAUUAAAGAUAUGACAUUUACUCAUGAGGGGAACAAGACGUUCAUUGACAAUCUAGUAAACUUUGAAAAAAUGCGCAUGAUUGCAAAUACGGCCAGAACAGUGAGAUACUACAGGAGCCAACCCUUCAAUCCUGAUGCAGCUCAAGCUAAUAAGAACCAUCAGGAUGUCCGGAGUUAUGUACGGCAAUUAAAUGUGAUUGACAACCAGAGAACUUUAUCACAGAUGUCACACAGAUUAGAGCCUCGUCGACCAUAGACAUUUCAAAUGCCCAAAGCAACAGUUUGUCUCCAGUCCACAAUCUUUCAAAAAUGCCAUUUAUGCUACUACUGACUGUAUUGCCACUAGAGAAUUCUACAAAACAAGCAAAAACACAUCCUGAGACACCUCAGGGCUGCAUUCAGCUUACCAGCUACCUAGCAAGAGAAGGAAUUAUUUGACUUGCCUAAAGCUUACACACUCUAGCUUAGGAAUCCCCAGUUUGUGGUUACCCUGUUUCAUUUCCACUUGUGCCAUCUUCUUUGCUGAAGUGUUGAAUAAGGCCCACGUGAAGAGUUUGGUAGAAAUAGCCUUGUCAAGAGAACUAGCAAGCCCCUGACAUUUUUUUCUAAGAGUGUUUAUGGGAUGAGGUGUGCUACAAAUGGGAUAGAUUUGGAUAAAAUUUUAACUCAACAUCUUGAUUUGGAGCCUGGGGUUUCGGGAAGAUGUUGAGGAAUCUAUAGAAGCCCAAAUUAUAGGUUGUGUUCUUCCAUCUUCAUUGUCUUACCUCUGAAGGAAUAGAACCUGACCACAUUAUUAUGAAACAUUAUGGCUGUUUAUGUAAUUUAGGGAGGACUGGUCUGUAAUUUCUGAAUGAUAUAUAGAAUAAUAUUUAUGUUUACAAUGUAACUUUUCAAAAUUUACAAAUCAGGAUUAUAUACAUAAGAAUUCCACUAAGAAAUGCCAAGGUUCUUAAAUUUGCCAGCGUUAAAGUAGAAAAUAACAUUUCAGAAGAGCACAAUAUGCAUAAAACAUUUUUCAAAAUUGAAAUAUUUUCCUGGGCAUUAAAAACCUUUACUAUUGGCUACAAAUUUAUUGUACCUGAUGAAAACAUAUUUUCUGGACUUAAAUGUUAUUACAAAUAUCUUAAUUUUCAGCAAUUGUUUUGCACUUUCAAAGAUUGUAAAUAGUUCAUUCAAUCAAUGGUAUAGAGUUAUUUAUUUGCUACAUAAUAGAUACUGUGCCAAAUAAUUACUUUUUAUUUAUUUUAUUUAGUAUGUAAUUUUGAAGUACAUUUUUUCCUGUUUUCACAAUUAGACUACAUUUAAUGUGUAGGAAUUGUAUGUAUGUAUAUCUUCUGUAAAUAACAUCUAGUAUCUUCACUAAAUAUAAUUGUUGACAAGAAA